UUUUUUUUUCUUCCUUCUUUCUCUCUCUCUUUUUCUUUUUUUUUUUUUUUUUUAUUAAUCUCAUUGACCAAUACCAAUGUCUCAAGCAGCAACAGGGACAAGCAAUGAUCUCAAUGCUUACCAGAAUUACUUUUCCUUUACAUCCAUGAACGAAGGCGAGAAAAGAAAGAUAUUAAUACAACCUUGUACUCAUUGCCAAAAGGCUCAUUUGGCUUGUGAUGGAGGACGACCUUGUCAAGGCUGUAUAAAGCGUGAUUUAGGCACAACCUGUUCUGAAGUUCUACGUAAAAAGACCAAGCUCAAUACAGAGGAAGCAUUAUUUUCACCUACCACUAGUAUUCCAUUUACGCCAGCAGAUCAACCUAUUGAUUCCAACUUUAUGGAUACAUCACAGUUAUUCAAUUUCUCUCUCACAGAUUUUGGAUUUGGGUCAGAAACAACCGGACUUGAAUAUGGCAUACUUGGGAAUAUGUCGGUUGAAACAGACAAUAAAUCAUUUGGUUUAGCUACUUUAUUUCCUUUCAAUAAUCACCCUUCACCCACCUCGAGUCCUUUACCACAGCAACAAUUGGUUGGGCAAGGAGGACACAAGCUACCCGAGUUCUCUCCUCCCUUGCAGCUAAUAAAGCGCGAUAGUACCAGCACCAGUUCCACCACCACCACCACCACUACUACCACCACCACCACAUCCUCUUCCUCCUCCAAAUCCUCUCUUUUAAAUAAUACGGGCAGAAGAAAGGGAAACAAUGGCAAUACACCCGAAGCCGUCUACAAUAGUGUGAAAAAACCUUUUAAUUAUGCAGAGGGCUUUCAUUAUCUAAUUCAAUACGUCACAGACCGAAUGGCGAGACAGGACUUGAUGCGAAUCAGCAAAGCAUUAUCAUUGUUUCGGCCUUCGUUUCUAUCACUGAUUAUGAAUUUGACGGAGGAAGACCUUGUGUUUAUGGAGCGGUGUAUUCAACGUACGCUAUUAGAAUACGAGAAAUUGAUUAGCUUUUCAGGGACACCGACAGUAGUUUGGCGACGCACGGGCGAAGUGUGUCUUGUUGGUAAAGAGUUUUCUUUAUUAACGCAAUGGACACGCGACAUGUUAUUGAACAAAAAGACGUACAUCUACGAGGUAAGAGAGAAGAAUUAAGGGUUUAAGGGGGGGAAGAGGGGACUAACCAUGUUGUGAUUUAGCUAAUGGAGAACCAGUCGGCAGUGGAGUAUUGGGAAAAGUUUUCAACACAUGCGUUUGAUAAUACGGACAAAGCCUGUAGUUAUUCCUGCAUAUUACGUACGCCACAACAAAAACCCGUACCCUGUACAUUUUGCUUUACCAUCAAGCGAGAUAUAUUUGAUUUACCCAGUGUCAUUGUUGGCAAUUUUUUACCCAUUCUCAGUUAGCAUCCCUCCCCUCACCACCAUAUCUUUUUACUCUAUAUAUACAUAUUAUACUCUCUCUCUCUCUUUCUCUCUCUCUCUCUCUUUCUUUUUUUUUUGGCUUUUUUUUUUUUUUAAUACAAACAAUGAUAUCACUU